CGGGUUUUAGCGCGAAUUUCAUCCAGUCUAUCGUCUAAAUACUAUUUUGGCAUUAUAUAUGAUGUCAGUUCGUAACAAAAACCCGAAGUCUAAUUCCUCACUCUAACCAUCAACUGCAUAUCAUAAUUCUAAUUCAUCAAACAGCUUUAUAACCCUUAUAUAGUCCUAGUUAUUAGGUUGACAUUUUCAAGGUCACUUUAACGUCGCUCGACGGACAACCAUUAAUUACCGUAUCACGUAUAACAUGCAUUCAUAUCCCAGUAUGUCUUUUGUUUCUUCAUAGAUUUGUACCGAAAAAUUCUGAGUUGGUCUAUGUGAUGGGAAGUGUAUCGACAAUGGGUUCCAAAAAGGGCUUGAUGAUGAUACACUAAUGUAAUUCAGCUCAUGUAAAUGUUGGAUUCAUAGAAUGAUUCAGUAACACAGGGAUUCGUAUUUAUUGUUUUGUCUACAUCUCGCCAAUUUGAUUGGUCUUGUUCCGUACUCAGUUACUGUAAAAGUCAAAUGAAAAUUACUGUAAUUACAUGCCGAUAUGGCUGAUACACUUAUGCUGCUACCUUUUACUUGAGCGUGUGAUAUUAAGAUCUUAUCUUGCAGUCUUUGGUUCUUAUGAACCAUGUUGAUCCCUGAAGACCAAAUAUGGAUGGUCGUUGUUGGUUUCAUAAUAGCUUUUAUUCUUGCUUUUGGAAUUGGUGCAAAUGAUGUGGCAAAUUCAUUCGGGACUAGUGUUGGGGCCAAAGUAUUAACACUGAAACAAGCUUGUAUUCUUGCUACAAUCUGUGAAUUAAGCGGUUCUGUUCUUUUAGGUGCUAAAGUUUCCAAUACCAUACGGAAAGGUAUUGUUAGUGUCGAACUUUUUCAAACCAUCGACAACGGGCAUGUACUCUUGAUGGCCGGACAGGUUGCUGCUCUGGGUGGUUCUUGUAUUUGGCUUUUGGUUGCUACAUUCUUCCGUCUUCCAGUCUCUGGCACACAUAGUAUUGUAGGUGCAACGAUAGGUUUUAGUCUUGUUGUUUUUGGACUCAAUGCUAUUCAAUGGAAAGGACUACUCAAAAUUGGUGAUCAGGAUUAG